AUUUUAUUAUAUCCUUUUAUGCCUAUAAUCGUACUUCAACUAUGAUCACCACAAGAUAUAUCCCUUAACAACACAAGAACUAAUAAAUCGAUGGCUAUUAAAAAAACUCUUUAAAAGAAAAACUAAUCUUACGGUAAAAAGGUAAUUUCUCUUUAUGAGUUAUUUUUAGAAUGAACGAGGGACGUUGAUGAUUUAUAAAGAAGUACUUGUGAUCUUUCUGUUACAUGUUAGAGACAGAGACUACAAUGUUUCUUUGAAGACUACAAUGUUAUUUUGAACAAAACAAAAGAACGAUACUUCGAAUGAUGUACGUUCGAUUCUUGCUUUUCCACAUGUUACAUACAUGUUAUCAUAAGAGAUUACAAGUAAGGAAUGAUCUACAUUUUCCGCACAAUAAAAUAGAAUUGUAUCAUUUCGCAAGGGUCUCAAUUCAAUUAAGUACCCAAAAAAGGAUUAGCUCAGUUCAAAAAAGUCUCAAACUAAUUAAAGAGAAACCAAAGAAGUAUCAAAUUAUUAAAAGGAAGUUUUAUUUUUUCAUAAAUGCUAGUCCUGGUCAAAGAUCUUUAAAGGCAAGGGUAUAUGUUGUUAAGGGAUAAUGCAUAUGUUAAGUUGCUAAAUCACGAUAAAUCUGCUUAUAAGACUUUAUCUUCUUUCUAUUUUUAGCUUUACAUAGACUAAGACCAUAAAUCUCUCCUUCAAGAUCUCUUCUUACUAAACCUUUCCUGUAUUUUUUCAAGAUUUGUAUGCCUUCACGUAGCAUUAAAAGGGAAAAAAAAGAGAAAGAAGUUCCAAUAAAAAUAUAUUGAACCAAGGAAAUUUCAAAAACAAAAGGACACACAGAAGAAUAAAUUCGAAGACAAAAAGAGAGAUAGAUGGAAAGUAAUGGUGGAGCAGGAGAAGUAAGAAGAGUGAGAUUAGUUUAUUUCCUCAGCCGUUCCGGUCAUGUUGACCAGCCUCAUCUUUUGUCUGUUCAUCAUAUCUCUCGAAAUGGUGUCUUCCUUCGAGAUGUGAAGCGAUGGCUAGCGGGUGUACGAGGCGAUGCAAUGCCUGACGCAUAUUCUUGGUCGUGUAAGAGGAGAUAUAAGAACGGAUAUGUAUGGCAAGAUUUAUCGGAUGAUGAUCUUAUUACACCAAUCUCCGACAAUGAAUAUGUUCUAAAAGGAUCUGAGAUUCUUCUAAAACCUCCAAAGGAGGAUUCUCCUCAUGCGGCAAAGAAAGCUUGGGAGACAAGAAACGAUGGAAUAUUGGCUAAGACGAUCCACAAAGAAUCUCCGGUCUUCUGCUCUCAGAGAUCGACGGCUACAACGUCGACAGUCACUGAUGAAUUCACCACGAACGUAGAAGACGUGGUCGUUCUCAAGAAACCAGACAGGGAAAAAGUAUCCGGUGAAAGACACGUUUCGACGGGAAACGGGUCGGGUAACGAUAUAGAGUCGGGUCGACCCAGUGUAUCGUCCUCGACGUCGUCGUCUUCGAGUUUUAUUAAGAGUAAGAGCUAUUCGAGCUUGCGUGCCUCCCAUGUGCUAAGGAACUUGAUGAAGUGUGGUGGUAUGGACACAAACGAUGUCGUUUUGGUGCCUUUGAAUAAGUCUGCGUCUGGGGCUUUUGGUGCGGCUUGGGAAGAUGAACGCAGAUUCCAAUACCACCAACAGCAGAAUGCUCGGAAAAGCUUAGAAGGGGCAUGGAGUAGCAUAAAGAUGAAAGAGACAAUUGAGUUAUGUAAACCAAAGGUGGCUUCAAGCAAGCCUACUAUGGCUCCAUUAUGCUCGCAAUGUGGGAAGUCAUUCAAACCGGAGAAAAUGCAUUCACACAUGAAAUUGUGUCCAAAGAUGAAAAGUCCAUCAGCGAGGACUGAUUUGAUGAUGGGAAAUAAUGUCGUUAAACCGAGGCAUCAACGGUGCAGAAACAUUCAUGGAAAUCCAUCAGGACAUUCACGUCUAGUCAGGACUAUUCUGAAAGAAUGAUGCUGUUUAGUUAUUGUUGAUUUUCUAGUUUAGCGAAUUUUUGUUUGAUGAAGCGCAAACCUUGUUCAAAAAUCAGGAGGUAUUUGGUCACCAUACACUGGAUUUGGAUAAUCUAAUUGAAUAUUGUAGUAACUAUUGGGUCACAAUUUGAAAAAUUAUGUUUUAGAAAUCAUUUGAAGUAACUUGGCAAGUCUUACGUCAAGACAGUGCAGUCGAAAAUAUUGAUAUUAUUAGUUAACUGGUUGAAGCAUUGAGAAAUGAGCAUGAUAGAGUUGUUGAAUGAUUACUUCGACUGGUUCCAUCUCUUGGGAAGAUGCUAAUGGCGAACUUCUAUGCAAAACCAUCUUAGAAAACAAUGUGGCGUUAC